UUCAUGUCGUCCACCAGUCCCGUCGAACUGCUUCGACCUAUCCUAAGCUUACCAUCAGAGCGCUUACCUCUAACAUGGGACACGGCAGCGCUCUAUGUUGCUCCACCGCUCGUCUGCUACUUCGUCAUGGCCAUCCUGGUCAUUCAACCCAAUACACUCGGUUUUCGGCGCGCUGUACUUCCUGUUGCACUUGUAUUGGCUCUCAGAGGGUGCUUAGCGGUGGACAUCUACUUGACAUAUGAGAGGUUGGGAUUGUUGAACUUGGAUGUGAUCCUUGGUCUGUUGACGGUCUCAGUACGCAUGAUCGACUGGUCACUCUUUGACGGGCCUCUAGUUCGCACACCGAUUCCCUGUUCCACUCCACUGAAGCAAGUUGCGAGCGAAACUCUGCCUGAGGCCAUACCUUCCAAAUACCUCAACACGGUGGUCGACGCUAUUGACCUCACCAGCGGCUUUCGCGACAUUGGAUGGUCGAGUUCUAAAAACUUCCACGUUCCCCCUUCUCCUCCCAAUCAAACUAAAACCUCCUUCUGCCUGCGUACCUCUGCCUCCGUAGCUGUUCAUGGCCUCCUAUGCGCAUGCGUGCACGCGCUUAUUCAGGCGUCUGCCCCAGAUUCCAUCGGAACACCGUCGGGAGGAACAAUUUUCGAUCGAUCCCUGCCCCCCAUCCCUCGCUUCGCCCGCUCUAGCAUCCUCUCCGUCCUUUCAGCCACCCUCGUGUACGCCGUCCUCCGCUGGGAGUACGAAAUUUUUGCUGUUCUCGCCGUAAGCCUGGCAGGGCAGGACCCCGCCCAGUGGCCGCCCGCAUUUGACGAGCCCUGGCGCUCGACGAGCCUGCGCGAGUUCUGGGGACGCCGAUGGCACCAGCUCUUGCGGCAGGUCUUCCUCGUCGCCGGAUCUUACCCGCUCGCGUUCAUCGGGCGGACACUGGCGGGGAGAACGGGUAAGCGUAUGGGGUACGUCCUUGGCGCGUUCGGCGCGUCGGGGGUGUAUCAUUACGUCGGGCUGCUUUCGCUCAGCGCGGACGUCAGCUUUUGGCAGUGUAUGUGUGGAUUCACGAUGAUGGGCGUGGGGAUGGUGCUCGAGGACGCGUUCAUCACGUACACCGGGCGGAAGGUCAGUGGUGUUCUUGGUUGGAUAUGGACGUUCGGGUGGACGAUCUUAUGGGGGAACAUGCUUGUGGAUGCAUUUGCUUCGGCUGGGAUGAUGGGUAGCGCCACGCUGUUGGAUGGUGCUGCGUCUGUUGGUGGAAUAUGGGCAGCUGGUAGUGCUGCACUUGGUGAGCGUAUGGUGCGUAUUGCGGUUAGUAUGGAGCGGUUUUGGGACUUAUGGAGGUAUACUGUAGCAUAGGUUAUUUUGAUCAGUGAUACAUGUCACUGACUCAAUGCGCGCUUCUUUGACGAGAGUUAAUCUCGC